AUGGCUAUAGUGGAAGACGAAGUGAGAAAUGAUUCUGAAGAGGAAAAUGAAAUUGAAGUUUAUGUUGAAGAAGAUGAUGCAGACCAAGAUUCUGAUGAUUCCGAUGAUGAUGAUGACGACGAUGAAGCCGCCGAAAGAAAAAUAGCAGAUUUAGAGCAGAGGAUUGAGGAAGAUCCAUACAACUACGAUGACCACAUUAACUUAAUACAAGAGCUGUGGGGCCUAUCGGAAUUGGACAAAUGGCGUGCGGCAUUCGACCGUCUCCAGCAGAUGACAGUACUGCGUCCAGAGCAUUGGCUCCUUCGCCUACAGACUGAAGAAACACUGGCACAUUCAGCACAGUCUCAUGACUUUAUGGCCAACCUUUUCCAGCAAGCAUCAUUGGACUGUUACUCCAUUCCGAUCCUGAGUCUUUGGUGCUCAUGGGCUUUAAGUACCGGCUCACCAGAGGUGGCCAGAGCCCAAAUAGAGGAAGUGCUUAGACGAGCCGGCGCGGAUCCCUUUUCUGGCAAACUGUUCUGGGAUGCCAGGCUCGAAUUGGAGAAGACGCAGCUUGAAGCUCUAAGCGAAGACCACGCCGACUACAUGGCACAGAGGGAGCGUGUACUCUGGUGCCUUGAGGAGACAGUUUCCAGGCCUCUCCUCAGGGGUGAAGAGGCGUGGCAAUCAUUCAACGAGCUUGCUUUAGCACUGCACGAUAAACAAUAUGUCGAAAGGGCUAAACAGCAACAUGAUGCGGCCGUAGAGUACUUGCAAAAAAUCACUCCAUACGAAGACAAACUGUUGACAUUGGACGACCCUUUGGAGAAGUGUAAAGUCUACCAGGAGUACAUAGAUGCCGUCAAGGAUUUGUCCAAGGACGACAAGUACGAGGAGUGUGGUAGCAAGGAGAUCCUCAAGGUGCUGUAUGAGCGACUGACUACGGAGUGCCCGAAUCAUGAAGGUCUCCACGAUGUACUUCUGGAGUACGCGAAUCUGGUGCAGGGCCACUCGUCGCGCGCCACUGUGCGCAGAGUCCUGGAGGCCUGCGUGCGGAGAUGCCCCAGGAAGCACACGUUCUGGACCCUCAGUCUGCAGCAAGCCGAGUAUGACGAGAAGGACUUCGAUGAGGUAAAGUCUAUCUUCGAAGCGGCGCUAUCCAAGGGAAUGGAGUCAUACAAGCAAGCGGAGUUCUUGUGGAUAAGCUACCUGUCGUACUGUCGACGGAAAACCGACUUUGAGAAGGAGUCUGAAGUGGAGAGGUUGCGUCGUACAUUCCGAUUAGCAUGGGAUUCACUGGCCGAGGUUUGGGGCGACGAGGCGAAUGACUGCGAAGUGCCUUUGUUCUGGGCCCAGCUCGAAUACAAGCGUAUGAACAAUCCAAAGCAAGGGAAGGAAAUUUUCGAAGAGAUAUUUAAGUACGGCGAGAACAAGACAAUGUCGAAGUACUGGGAGGCGCUUCUGCACCUGGAGGGCGGCAGGGGCGGCAGCGAGGGCAAGCUGCGCGAGCUGCACAAGCGUGCGCUCAGCUGCGUUGCGGACUACCCGCCGGCGGUGGCCAGGCUGUGGUGCGAGCUGGAGCGGACGCGCGGCCGGCUGGACACGGCGCUGCAGUGCGCCGAGAUGUGCGAGGCGAAACUUAAGGAAUGGAAGAAGAAUUACGAAACUAUGAAGGAGAAGAUGAUGGGCUCGAAGCAGAAGGGCAAACAAGGUCAGAACAAGAAAGCGAAGUUGGACAAUAAGAGGAAAGCUAAGGGCAAUAAGCAGGAGCUAUUGAAGAGGAAGUCUGAGGGGAACGCGGAGGGGAAGGGGAGCCAGGUGAAGAGGAAAAAGGACAACGAUAUGGAAGUGGACGAUAAGGCCAAGGAAAAUGACUCAGGUGGGGCCGUGAAGAGGCCCCUUGACGACAAUGACAGCGAUGCAAAAGAUAUCAAACGACAAAGGACGGAGAGCGGCUCAAGUGGCUCGCAGCAAGCUGGUAGAGAGGCCUGCACGUUGUUUGUCAGCAAUCUCGAGUUCAAGGUCAACGAGCAGAGCUUACGGGACAAGUUAUCGGAAUACGGGGACAUAGUUUCUAUGAGGGUCAAAGCGGGCGUCAAGGCUUUUGGCGGGUCCAUAUGCUACUGUCAGUACAAGACGCCGGAGUCGGUGGAAGCGGCGCUGAAAGACGACCGCACCCCGCUGGGCGGGCGGCCGAUGUUCCUCUCGCGCUACUCGGCCACCAAGUCGAGGCCCGCGUUCAAAUACGCCACCACGGCCGAGCGGAACAAGCUGUUCGUGCGCAACCUGCCCUUCGGCCAGUGCACCAAGCGCGCCCUGGCGGAGCUCUUCCAGAAGCACGGCGCCCUGAGGGACGUCAGGAUCGUCACCCACAAGGACGGAAAGCCGAAGGGGCUAGCCUACAUAGAAUACGAGGACGAGAAGAGCGCGGCUGAGGCCCUAAAAGCGACCAAUGGCAUGCAGAUGGGCGGGAGGGAAAUACACGUGGCGCUCAGCGAGCCGCCGCCCAAAAACACGCCCGCCUCUGAUUCCGCGUCCGCCUCCGCCUCCGCCUCCGCGCCCCCAACUCGCACGAGGCGGACGCAGCUGAGCAGUUUCAUACCCAGCGUGCUUCAAAAGGCCUCGGGCAGCGGAGCUAGUGCGAGUAACGGUGACCACGCCAACGGCGAUAAGCGACCGCUCACCAACGCCGACUUCAGGAGUAUGCUGCUGAAGAAG